AUUGAGAAUGCCUUACAGCCCAGGAACGAUCUGUUGUGUGAGAGUGACUAUCACUAUUUGCUUCAUAGUUUCCUUGGUCGGGAUAUCUCUAGGAACAUCAUUCUAUGCCAAUCCCAGUCUAAUGGCACUAAGCAUUGUGUCGGCCGUAUCGAUAUUGAUGGCUGGAUUUUGGUAUGAGACUCAGUUCUCUUCAAACACGAGCCUUCAAACAACAAGUGGUGAACCUGUCGUUGUGAUACCAAUUAGUGAGCUUUCAAGGCUCCAGAACCAAGCGGCCUUACAAAGUGAACGUCAGAGACGGGAAGCAGAGAUCAUAGCAAAUGUUCAAAAGGAUGUAGAAGAUCUGGAAAGACUAGGGCGGACAUGAAGUGCUAAAAAUGUUGAUCAGUUUGUAUACCCAAAUGUGGAGACUACAGCAAUGAUGGCC